GCGUGAGGAGCAGGACGACGACGAGGAGGAAGAUGCCGGCGCCAGCGCAGGCCGAGCGGCCCCGGCGGCAGCCCCCGACCCGCGAGAGCCCCGGCCCCCCCCGGCGCCACCGGCCGGCCCCCCCCCGGGACCCCCCCCCGCCCCCGCCGGAGCCCCGGGACCCCCGUGAGGAGCUGCCGCGGCUGCAGCGCGAGGUGGAGGCCUGGGAGCGGCGGCUGGCGGAGCAGCGGGCCGAGGACGCCGGGGCCCCGCGGCAGCGCGGGACGAGGGGGCUGGAGGAGCAGCUGCAGCGGGCGUCGGCGGCGCUGGGGGGGCGCCUGGCCCUCAACGCGGGGCUGCGGCGGGAGCUGGAGGCGCUGCGGGACGAGAGACGGCGCCUGCGGCAGCUCCAGCACCGCCGCGCCCAGGAGCUGCAGCAGACGCAGCAGCAGAUCGGGGCCGUCCUGGCGCAGGCGGCUGCGGACGACGACGCCAGGCAGGAGCCGGGGCCCCCCCCGGGCCCCCCCCCGACCCCCCCAGGGGCCCCCCCGACCCCCCGGGCCCCCCCCAUCUCUGCCCGGGCCCUUGCGGGGGAUCCCGGCCCCAAAACCCCGGACGCCGGGGCCCCUUGUCCCGUUCUGGGUGGCAGCGCGGAACCCGGACGCCUGGGCCCCCAGGCCAUUCCCGGGGGGGGGGGUCGGUGUCCCGGACGCCUGGGCCCUGGGCCGUCAUGGCGGUGGGCGACCCAGACGCCUGGGCCCGCAGGGCGGAGGCGGGGGCCGGUGGGGGUGGGUGACCCGGACGCCUGGGCCCGCGGCAUUGCGGCGGUGGGCGACCCAGGCACCUGGGCCCGCAGGGCAGAGGCAGGGGCUGGUGGGGGUGGGCGACCCGGACGCCUGGGCCCCUUGUCCCGUUCUGGGUGGGAGCGCGGAACCCGGACGCCUGGGCCCCCAGGCCAUUCCCGGGGGGGGGAGGUCGGUGUCCCGGACGCCUGGGCCCCGUGCCGUUCUGGGGGUGGGCGAGCCGGACGCCUGGGCCCGCAGGGCGGAGGCGGGGGCCGGUGGGGGUGGCGGGGUGGGCGAGCCGGACGCCUGGGCCCGCAGGGCGGAGGCGGGGGCCGGUGGCGGUGGGGGGGUGGGCGACCCGGACGCCUGGGCCCGCAGGGCGGAGGCGGGGGGCGGUGGCGGUGGGGGGGUGGGCGAGCCGGACGCCUGGGCCCGCAGGCCAUUCCCGGGGGUGGGGGGGUGGGCGAGCCGGACGCCUGGGCCCGCAGGGCGGAGGCGGGGGCGCGGCUGGCGCAGGUGCGGGCGCGGGCGGCGCGGGAGGCGGCGCAGCAGCAGGCCGAGGAGCGGGAGCUGCGCAGGGGCCUCGACCACCGCCGCCGCCUCCGCCUCUUCCUCGCCGCCAAGGCCCGGCCCCGCCGCCGCCCCCCCCCAGAGCGGGGGGAGGCGCCGGGGGGGGGCCCGGACGCCGGGGCCCCCGAGGAGGAGCCGGAGGAGCCGGAGGGGGGGGACGCGGAGAGCCCGGCCCGGAGGGACCUCGAGGCGCAGGAUGGGGCCUUCGCCCGGUUCCGGCUGCUGCAGGAGCAGAGCCGGGAGCAGGAGCGGCUGCGCCAGGCCGUGGCCCAGCUGCGGGGGGAGGUGGCGGCGGCGCGGGGGGCCCAGGCGGGGGCCCAGGCGUCCGGGGGGGCCGAGCUGCGGGCGCUGGAGCGGGAGGUGGCGGCGGCCGGGCGCCGGGCCGAGGAGCUGCGGGACCGAGCGGGAGCCGCCCGCCGCGCCCUGGACCUGCUGCGGCACGGGGUGGCGGCGCUGCUGGCCGACCUGGGCCCCCCGCCGGACGCCUGGGCCCCGGCCCCGGCCCCCCCCCCGGCCUCGCUGCCGGCCCAGCUCGGCCUCCUCGAGGACGGCGUCACCCGGCUGCUGGCCCUGCGCCGCCCCCCGGGCCCCAGGUGACGACGACGACGAUGACGCGGCCCCUGCCGCGACCCCCCCCGCCGCGACCGCCCUCGCCCCGGGAGGAGGCGGCGGCCGAGGCCGGAGAGGACGAGCGGCCCCUGAGCCGCCACGAGCUGCGGGCCCGGGUGCUGCGCGAGGUGCUGAGCCGCGAGGGGGUCUCUCCCCCGCCGGGGCCUGACCCCCCCCAGGGGCCAUGAAGCGCCCGAGCGUGGGCCCAGGCGUCCGGGAGGGGCCCAGGCGUCCGGGGGGCCCAGGCAUCCAGGGCGGGCCCAGGCGUCCGGGAGGGACCCAGGCGUCCGGGAAGGACCCAGGCGUCCGGGGACACAAGCAUCCGCGCCCUGAUCCCGCCCCGCCCGGACGCCUGGGCCCCCCCGGACGCCUGGGCCCCCCCCCCGUUACCACGGUAACCAAAUAUUGACCGCGGGGGCGGGGCUGCGGGCAGGGGCGGGGCCGCCAGAUGUGGGAUCCAGCUGUGGCGACGCCCGCGUCGCCCCGGCGACGGCAAACGGCCCCCAAACAGCCCCAAAACGGCGCCCGGAACCACCCAAACCGGCCCAAAAUGGCCCCAACCGGCCCCAACCGGGUCCAAACUGCUCAGAACAGCCAAAAUCAGCCCCAAAUGGCCCAAAACAGCCCCAACUGGCCCCAAACUGCCUGAAAUGGUCCAAAACAGCCCCAAAUGGCCUAAACAGGCCCGAAAUGGCCCCAAACCGCCUGGAAUGGCCAAAACCAGCCCCAAAUGGCCAAAACCAGCCCCAAAAUGGCCCCAAACCGACCAAAAUCAGCCCAAACGGGCCCCAAGCUGCCCCAAGCUGCCCAAACUGGCCCAAACCGGCCCAAAUCACCCCCAAACAGCCUGUAAAGGGCUCGACCUGCCCCAAGCAGCUCCGAAAGAGCCCCAAACUCCUAAAAACGGCCCAAACGGCCCCAAAACACCCCCAAACACCCCCAAACGCCCCAAAACGGCCCCAAACAGCCUUUUCCUGCCCCGCGGCCGGGGGUGGGGCCGGGCGGGGCUCUCGCUGCACACACGUGUCCCGGCACACGCGUGUCACCCGGGGCCCGACACGCCCCGACACGCCCCGGCCCGUUACCCCGGGCGCCCGGCCCCGCCGCGCCGGCACACGCGUGUGCACACGCCGGGCACACGCAGCCCCGACGCCGUGGGGAUGGGCACGAGCAGCCCCGCCGCCACCCCGGGGGUCCCUGGGGCGGGAUCCGGCCCUGGGGGGGUCCCUGGUGCCCCGUGGGGCAGGAUCCAGCCCCCAAAGGGGGCCCUGGGGGUCCCUCCCCCCCCCCGGGGGGCCUGUGCUCCGGCGGCUACUCCCCUUUAAGGGGGAAUAUUUGUCUGGAGGUGGGAAAAUGUUUGGGAGGGGCUUAAAGGGGCGGGGGGGGGCGACCUCCCCUUUAAGGGGGCAGCUGUGUCUGGGGGGCAGAAAAUCCAGCUGCAGCCCGGCCUUAAAGGGGAAGCGGCUCUUAAAGGGGCGGGGGGGGGGCUGCCUUAAAGGGGAUGAGCCAGGCCUUAAAGGGGAGGUCACCUUAAAGGCAAUGUCACCCGGUCGGAGGCCCUUAAGAGCGAUGUCUGGGGGACAUUAAAGGCGAUGUCACCCGGGUGUUAAAGGCGAUGUCACCGCUAUUAAAGGCGCCGUCUCCGGCUCUUAAAGGCAAA